CAGCGCCCUCUCGUCUGCCACUCCCCUAGCACCGACCGGCACCUGCAUCGGCCCGCGCCGACCCCCGCUCGCCCGCCAUGGACUCGUCGACCUCCAGCACAGCCACUGACGCGUCCGACACCUCCUCGUCGACUGCCACUACAGCCGCCGACACCACGUCGACCACGGCCGCGGCGACUACCUCCACCACAGCAGCCGUGACGACGACGAGCUCGUCUAGCACAGCUCCCGCCACCACGUCAACGACGCAGGCGCCCACGACGACUUCGCGGCCGCCUACGACGACGAGUGCAGCGCCCGAGUCGUCGAGCUCGAGCUCAAGCACAUUCGUGCCGCCGAGCUCGACGACCACCUCGACGACGCGUGUGACGUCGAGUGCGGUGAGGGUCACUUGCGGCGCAUUGCUGGCAUGACGAGGGCAUCGCUGAUGCCGCCUCGCGCAGCCUGCGACCACGUCAACGACGAGCGCCGCGCCGGCGCCGUCCACCUCAACCUCCACCAGCCGGACAUCAACCACGGCGGCCGCGGCAUCCACUACCUCGCAGGCGCC